CCUACACAGGGGUGGAGUUUGUUUCACCAACUCCUAUUACACAGACAGACUGUGACUCAGAGACCAACUACAUUCUGUACUCUGUACAUCAGUUCUGUAGCAAUCACCAAUAUUUCAAGGCUUUAUACCAACCUUUAAGAUGCGAAUUGGAGAACGCCAGCCAGAGUCUGAUGCCAAGGCAGCAGAGGAGGGAUGUUUAGCACCCCUCACAAACAAGGACUCUGAAAAGUCUGCAGAUAAUCCUAAAGAAGGAUUUUGGCAGAAACUCAGAUCAUCCACAGUUACUUUGCGCUAUGUUGUAGUUGGAGCACCAAUAUUAGUAACUGUGAUCAUCAUCCUCAUCAUCCUCACUGCUCGUUCGUCUGUAAGAGCUUCUGCAGAAAGUGACGAGGUCCUCACAUUUCUGGAAAAAUCAACAGGAGAGACAACAGAAACAAAAGUGGUAGAAGUUCGGUGUGAGGAUGAUUGGAUCUUAUACAGAGGAAAAUUUUACUAUAUCUCAGACCAGAUUGCUACAUGGACGGACAGCCAGAACUUCUGCAAAUCACACGAUUCAUCCCUGGCAAUUAUUCAUAAUGCAAAAGAAAAGAAUUUUUUAAAUCUCCUGAACUCUAACAAUUACUGGAUUGGACUGAGCAGGACACAAGAUGACUCGGGCUGGGUCUGGAAUGAUGGAACAUUCUACUCAAAAACAAUAUUUGAUAUUCAUAGAAGGCCAGUCUCCCCUGGUGAAUCAGAGAAUGUUUACCUGAAUGGUGAUGGAUUUAAAAGUGAUAGUGGAAGAUAUCCAAAGAAAUGGAUUUGCAGCAAGAGUUUUUUAGGUCAUUCUCCCUAAUACACAGGGAGGAUUCCAAAAAAGGUCUUAUUACAUCCUCAGAGCAUCUUACCUGCUCUAUGAGAUCACCAAAUCCUGGAGUGCAAACAGUAACAACGGAUACCUGGUCAUGCUCUUGGCUUCCUCCUCUUUGGAGUGGGGGUAGCAAUAGAUUGAGUUCUCCAGAUGUCAGGGCAUGGGAUCAGGCUCAGAGGAAUAGGAGGAGUCGUUUUAGUUCUCCCAUAAAGAUGAGUUUGUCACCCAUGGUUGAGAUGCAGGACCUUUCAUUCUAUGAAUAAUGUAGAACCCACUGACAAUGGGGUACUUUGACGCAGUAGUGGGCUUAAGCACUGUUUGGCCAUAUAGUGUGACCAAAUCCCCAUCUUUAUGUUGAAUAUGUUCAGGUGUUUUAAAUGUCAUUUUUGUAUGUGUGCUCUAUAAUGUAUUGUUCUGUUUGUUGGUCAUAUAGCAGCACCAUCUUUAAUGUUAUGAAUUUUAGGGUGUUCCCCCUAGUUUGUUGUUUGUACCUUAUAUUCAAAACUCCCAGGAUUCUCGGAGGCAGGCAGAGGCAGGGCGCGUGGGGGCAGGGGAGGCGUCAAAAUUGUCACGUGACUGGCUCAGGCUGGACGCUGUCUGGAGUAGCUGCAAGCGAGUGCAAGCCAAGUUGAAAAUAGUUUUGAGGAAAGGAGAUAAGAACUGACAGAGCAGCCAACUUACUUUUAGUGAGAGGAGCAGCUUACCCCUCUACUACAUUCCCGGAGUCUUUGUACUGGAGACAGGCAGAGGAUGGGAAGAAGAAAGCCAGAGCAUGGCCAGGUAACGGUUGUUAUUUGCACUCAGGUUUUAGAGACCUUGGAGAGCAGUGAAGAUGACCUAAGAAUGCAUCAUGUAACUGUUCCAUGGACUGGAGGAAAUUGGAAAAAUAUUUCACAUAAGUAUAAGAAAAAAUGAGCACAUUUUACUUUACACCUCAAAAGCUAGUGCUGUGCUGUUCCCAAAACACUGUCCUCUUGGUUGGUGAGACUGUGGACAAAACUGAUCCCUUUACCAUAUCUGAUAGAACUUUCCGGCAUUGUCACUCUUCUGGAAAUAAAUUUCAUUUGAUUGCUUCUGUCACCCACAUCUCCUGUAUCCCCAACCAAGCUAUGGCACUAUUUAGCAUUAAAAUCAACACAUGGCCUCCACAUACAAGAUACUUUGAUAGCAACAAUACUUUUACUGGUAAGAUCUUGUAAAAAAAAA